GCCUGUGCCACCUGAUCCAUCAACGGAACAGGAAGUGAUGUCGCCAGGUGCAGCAGAGCGAGAGCAGCAUGAGGAGGAGGGGGGCUCGGAACAUCCACACCAGGAGCAGCCCUGCCCGCCUGAUCCGCAAACGGGACAGGAAGUGAUGUCAUGGGCUGGAAAGGCUUGUAGGCAGAGGCACGGCCAUGAGCGCUCAGCUGUGAGUCCAAUGAGGAGAGAGAGGACAUCAGUUAAUAGCUUACCCGUGUGUAUCAGAGCAGUGCGUGCACGGCCUCUCGCCAGAAGUGUCAGCUCUUACCCGUUCAGGAGAGGCCACAUGGAGGAAUCCCGGAGACCUGGGCCUUUCUACUUCUUUGGAGGAGCAAAUGGAGCAGAUAUUGUGUGCAGUUACUGUGAAAGCAAAGGCUGGACCAGGAUUUAUAACAAGCAACGAGAAGAUUUCAAAUUGAAGUGGUGUGAGUCCAGGUCAAAAGCCAACUACAGCAGCUUCAGAUCAGGUGAACAGUUAAUUUUCCAGAUUCCCAAUAAUAAUGUUUUGACCACAAAAAUUGGACUUCUGAGCAGCCUGAGGGAGUAUGAGAGAGUCAGCAGCAAAGUCAAGCACGGUCAAGGCAUCAGAAGACUUAAAAUGGAUGAGUUUAUUCCGACCACAUACCGCAUGGACAUGAGAGAAGAAAGAGACGCCUUUUUCUCAAUGCAGGAAGGUUUGAGCAAAAACCAGAGACACAUGUGGAUCUGCAAACCCACUGGUCUGAACCAAGGGAGAGGGAUCUUUCUUCUGAAGAGCCCAGAAGACAUGAGCGCAUUCAGACACAAACUGCAGGAGGGAGAGGACAGCCACAAAACACCACACCACCACCGGCAACCACAGGCACGCAUCGUCCAGAAAUACAUCCAGAACCCUCUGCUUCUAAAAGGCAGGAAGUUUGACGUGCGCUCCUACCUGAUCAUCGCCUGUACCACUCCAUACUUGGUUUUCUUUUGUCAUGGUUACGUCCGCCUGACCUGUGACCUUUUUGACCUAAACACCAACAACAUGGCGACCCACCUCACAAACCAAUACAUGCAGAAGAAGAACCCUCUGUACAGCGAGCUGAAGGAGGACACGGUGUGGUCCAUGGAGAGUUUUAACGCCUAUGUGAACGACAGGCUUGCUGUUGCUAAGGACUUGCCCAGGGAUUGGGUGCUGGGCCUCUUCACUAAACGUAUGCAGCAAAUCAUGACCCAGUGCUUCCUGUCAGUCAGAGCCAAGCUGGACUGCAGACUGGGCUUCUUCGACCUGUUUGGCUGUGACUUCAUGGUCGAUGAGGACUUUAACGUUUGGCUCUUGGAGAUGAACUGUAAUCCAGCUCUCCACACAAACUGCUCUGUUCUGCAGGAGGUCAUCCCCAGGGUUGUCCACGAGACUCUGGACUUGUCAUUGGAGAUCUUUAACAAAUGUCGGCGUGGACAGAGAAUCCUCCCCCUGUCCAGCCAGAAAGAAUUUGUCCUGCUCUUUAAAGGAGUGUUUCCACCUAAUGCAGCUCUGCCGUGUAACAAGAGCACGCCUACACACUGUGAUCUGCCCCAGAAGAAGAGCCCCAAGGUGGAGCCAACAAGAUGGCAGCCAGGCCUCCAGAUUAAGUCUUUGGAAAUCUCCGAGGAAGUGUUAGCAGAAGGAGAUGGAGAGUGUCUCUCUGCCCCUGCGCUGUCUGUCUCACCUCCUCAACCAACUCUUAAUGACUCCAGGCCGUAGACUGUAUUUAUAAAUGGACAUAGCUAACCCACUUGUCGCCGUGUUCCAAAUAGUGAGCAUGGGAGGCGCUUCCGGCUCCACCGAUUCUGGCUCCGAUUCACAUUACAUUCUAAAAUUGUCACCCAUCUCUCUGUAGUGGAUGCAGUGACCCUCAUCAUUUUGAUAUUAAAACGUUCGUAUUAAC